UGAUGAAUCAUUGAGCGAAAAUGCUAUCAACACAGGCCCUAAUUCUGAUAAUUCCAAUAAAAAUAGCGAUACUGAUCAUAGUAUUAUUGAUAAUUCUAAUAAAACAUCUAAUGUUAAAGUACAAAGAAAUGUUAGUUGGAUUUGGCAAUAUUUUCGUAGAAGAUGCCCAUUAAAAAAGUGGAAAACGCGUGGAAAUUGUACUAUGAUUAUAAAAAGUAAAAAGUUUCCAGAUGGACAAGAAUAUGGUCAGUUAGUUAAAACUCAAGGUUCAACUA